CCAAAAACUCUUCAGAUUCACAUUUCUCUGUUCUAUUGGUCUAUAAGUAUAACCCCUUAUAUACCACAGCAACACCUAACCCAAACUUUUCCAAUAUAUAUUUAAAAAAAAAGUCGUAUAACUAUAUCUAUAUGACAGGUUUUGUCUUCUAGAACCUUAAUCUCGAAGCCAAAAGCAAAACCUUUAGUCAUUCCACUCUCCGACAAUUCACACUUCGCGUUUGGUCUGACUUUCAGGGAUGAGCUAUGCGGGGGUUUCUUCGACGAUUGGAACACUGCUCAGCCUAUAGCAGAACAUCUCCAGUAACUUUGGAGGCCCACUAUUGUAGCUGUCUUUAGGAGUAAGGUUUUUGAACAGUUUCUCUGAAGAGAUAUGGAAGUUUACGGGCCGCUCAAAUCUGAUAUAAAUAAAUUAAAGCACCGCCCUUUGACUCCUAUUAGGACUUUAAGGGGUAUUACUUGUUUACUGGUGUAUUUUUCCACUGCCUUCAUGUUUGUAGUGUAUUUUACACCCGUGGCUGUUGUUAUGUUGCGGCUUGUCAGCAUACGUUGCAGUAGGAAAGUAACAUCCUUCAUCUUUGGUAUGUGGCUUGCUAUGUGGCCAUCUCUAUUUGAAAAAAUAAACAGGACUAAAGUGGUUUUUUCGGGAGACAUUGUUCCAGCAGGGGAGCGUGUUUUGCUUAUUGCCAAUCACAGAACUGAGGUUGAUUGGAUGUACUUGUGGAAUCUUGCAUUGCGGAAGGGGCGUCUGGGCUACAUCAAGUAUAUCCUUAAGAGCAGCUUGAUGAAAUUACCUAUUUUUGGUUGGGGAUUUCACAUCUUGGAGUUUAUUCCUGUGGAGAGGAAGUGGGAAACUGAUGAACCUGUUAUGCGCAAUAUGCUUUCAACAUUUACGAAUCCUCGAGAUCCAUUAUGGCUCGCUGUUUUUCCCGAAGGAACUGAUUUUACUGAAGACAAAUGCAAAAAGAGUAAAAAAUUUGCAGCUGAAGCUGGACUUCCUGUGCUGGAGAAUGUCCUACUCCCCAAGACAAGGGGCUUUUGUGCUUGCUUAGAUGCUCUGCAGGGCUCCUUGGAUGCAGUUUAUGAUGUGACCAUUGCAUACAAGCAUCAAUGCCCUUCUUUUUUGGACAAUGCAUUUGGUGUGGAUCCUUCAGAAGUUCACAUUCAUAUUCGACGUUUCCCUGUUGAGAAGAUUCCUGCAUCUGAUAGUGAGGCUGCUGAUUGGUUAAUGGAUGCCUUCCAGCUCAAGGACCAGUUACUCUCCGAUUUUAAGGCUCAAGGCCAUUUCCCCAACCAAGGAACAGAAGAAGAACUUUCUACGCUGAAGUGCUUGCGCUUAUGUAGCUUCAAGUCAAUCUAUGACACCGUUCAUCUUGCAACCUGGGCAAACUAGUGCUGAGUGCAGAGUUGAAAUUGACUAGGUAGAAACGUCACAGAAAGUAAUCGAACUCAUUGAAGUAUUUCAACUUCAAUUCAUUGCAAUUUUUGUGGGUGUUUUGGGUGCUACUGAACUUAAGCUAGCUGGAAGUACUGAAUGUCUGGACAGAAAUGAAUCUCAGGUUCUAUAAAUGUUUCGAGGAAAGAUGAUUACAUAGGAUUAUUAAAAAAAAAAAAGGUGCAAAUGUUAAAGUGGAAAGUAUCACGGCUUAUUUGGUGGAACUUUAUUCACGUUUCAACUUUCAAGGUAGUUUUAAAUGCAACAGGUAGUCAUUUAUCUUAUGUAUCCAAUAUGCAUCUUUUCUCUCA